AUGGCGCAGUGGGAAGAAGACAGCUUGUUGUGGGAGCUGGACACCUUCUUGGCGACGCCUCCACCACACUACUACAUCUACCAGAGACGUCACCGGAACAUCCAAAGCAACCACUGCAUCGCCUUCAUCACUCUAGCUGAUUUGAAUAAGGUGGGAGACGCCUUCAUCACCAUACAGCGUGGGUCAUGGUUCGUCGGUUCCACUAAGUACAUUUUGGCUUUUACUGGUAACCCUAACUUCCAAGGUCACCAGUUCCAGGUAGUGACGCUUGUGUACGAACCCUUCAGCUGCUAUCAUAAGGAGGGUGACAUCAUCAUUCCGGCUGAUGACUGCGUUGACAAUAACAUGCUUAGGGAAAUGUCCAAAACACUCAACUUCACUUAUGAGUUUGUGGAGCCCAGCGAUGGUCAGUGGGGACACAGGCUCCAGAAUGGCAGCUAUACUGGUGUAAUUGGCUCAGUGGAGAGGGUGGAGGCAGACUUCUCCCUCAACAUUGCCAUCACUCAGGACCGAGAGGAAAAGGUCGACUGUACUAUAGGCUACCAUGUUGAGCCCAUUACCUUCGCCACUUCCAAACCUCGUCUCCUCAACCAGGCUUUGGCGCUUCUUAGACCUUUCACCCCCGAGGUAUGGGCAGCCUUCGUCGCUACCUUGGUCAUGGUGGGACCUUUCUACUACUUGGUGUGUCGCUGGUCCUGCUACCACCUCACGCCCUCCCCUCCCUCAGCCAUUAAGGCAUCCCUCCUGGUCUUCGGCGCCUGUUUCAACCAGAGUGUGAAGUGGGUGUCAGGUUUGUGUCCCCGAAUGUUCAUCAUGACAUACGUGCUUACCAUGUUCGUGGCUGUGACUAUGUAUGUUGCCAUGCUCACCGCCACUCUUACCCUCCCCGCACUCUCUCCCACGCUGAACUCUCUGGAGGAACUCGUCCAAUCAGACUUUUCGUGGGGCAUCCAGGACCUGGGCGCAGCCGAUUACCAAUUGCUGAAGACUUCAAAGGUUCCACUGUACCAGCUUGUUUAUCAAGGCCUAGAACCCUGCCCUUCCCUUGACGAGUGCAUCAACCAGGCACGAGACACCAAGUAUGCCUUCAUCACCUGGAGGACCUACUUGGAGGACCGCAUCGCUGUCAGGUUCACGAGUGCCACAGGGGAGCGUCAGCUGCAUGUGGCCACCGGAGACAUCUUUCCAGUGGAGCUGGGCUGGGCCAUGAAUCCUGGCUGUCCUUAUCGUCAUGUCUUCAACAGCAACAUCAGAUCCUUCCUCCAGAGUGGAUUAAUUACUAAAGUAUGUUCUUUCUUGUGAUGUUUGUGUAUGGUGUGCAGAAUGUCUAGGUAGAAGAGUCUUUGUUGGCGGUGGUGGUGAGCAGAAUGUCUAGGUAGAAGAGUCUUUGUUGGCGGUGGUGGUGAGCAGAAUGUCUAGG